AUGCCUCCUCCCAAUAGGUCUCCCAGCUCGCCGAGCCUGCGCGACCCCCCCAAGCAGGCAUUGGACGAGCUAUUUCUCUCUCGACCUUCGAUGUCUCAUCCGAAACCAUCUCCCUAUCAUGCCUCCGUUCGCCGCUUCUCUACCCGCCGUCUUCGACCCUCCGUCGCGUCAAUAGCAGACAUUUUUGUCGGUUCGCUGGUACUAGCAGGUUUCUGCAAUGAGCACACACCACGACACCGACAUCUGUCCACAAUAUCGAUGAGGACAUCAGAGACACAACUUCACAGGUUUCGCGGCAAGGUUGUCACCAGUCACGGACAUGGCCAACUGUCUGCCGGGAAGCGUUGGGAGUGCAUGAGAUCUUCGAUUCCAUCAUCGCGAGCUCGAUCAUGGCUGAGUACUGCUCUACUUCCUGUGGAGGAACAUUCCCAUGCACAAGAUUACACAAAAUCCACACAAUUGAAACAACAAAGGGGGAAUGAUGAUACGCGGCCCGGUUCAAGGGAAGCAGCGGGCGAAGCAUCACAUCGACAAAACUGGCCGCAGAUGCUCGACUCAAUUAUAGAUUCCGAAAACGCGGCUGGCCAUGCAAAGGAUCUGUCUCCAAUUACACUAUCUGCGGACUCGGAGUUGCUCUCGACCCCCGAGGGCGAAACUGGUCUUUCAUACGACGAAAAGAUGCAUCGCAUGAAUUCAAACCUAUAUCGAAGAAUCCUGGGAGAUGACUACGAGUGGUCGGAGCCUAUGGACGUCGUUUUCCCGAAAGACGGAGUGCACCCAAAAAGAGAGGCGAAGGAGGUCACUAACGAAGUGGGCUUGCACAGGCUGUCAGUCGCGAAGCUGAUUCAUGUGCUAUCCCACGAGAAAUCACCUUCCACGUCAUACCUGUUUCGCCUGUAUAGAGAUAUCCCCGCACCGGGAGUGGCAAAACUACCUAAAAGGAUCCGCGGACAGCUCUUGCGACUUUUCGCCAAAGCUCCUAAUCGACGAUGGGCCGAUGCUCGGCGCUAUCUUGCCUUAGUACAAGACAUGAUUGCCUCGGAAAAGAGCAUGUCUCGUUCAAUGUGGACCUCUGCUGUACAUUUUGCUAGUCGAGGAAGUGGUAGCGGCAGGGUCCUGAAGCGAGAUCUUAUACGUGCCAUUGGUGUCUGGCAGCAAAUGGAACAUGUGGCUGGAAUUGAAGCAGACGACGUGGUCUUCAAUAUCCUGUAUGAUACUGCCAUCAAGGCCAGUCAGUUCACGGUUGCCGACCGGCUAGAGCAGGAGAUGAAGAGACGCAAGCUGGACUUCACUCGCUUCGGGUUGGUUGCCAAGAUUUAUUCCGCUGGCGUGCAGAAGGAUUUGGAUGGCAUCACAGAAAAUUUCCGGCGGUUCGUCAAGGCCGGUGAUCUUGUCGACACUGUCGUCUUGAACAGUUUAUGCUCUGCAUUCAUUCGAGCAGGUGAUCCAUCUGCAGCAGAACAACUGUAUGCCCGCAUGAUCGACGCUCAAGCAGCCAAACUGAGCGCUGAUCGGUCACUCACAACGGAUUCAAAUCGAGUGGUAUUUGAGCAUUCCCUUUCAUCCGAGCUCUCCAAGUACAGGACCAACAGCAGGGCAUUUGGUGACUUUCUCAAGCGAUCUCAAGUGCUCAAGCGCCAAUUCCCUGAGCAUCAUCAGGCUCUUCAGGACUCUAUUCCAAUGACUCCUGACACACGCACUUUCUACAUCUUUCUCCGAUACUACGCACGCCAGAGUGGUCAGUUCGAUAAGUUUGUUAUGAUUCUCCGUGACAUGGAGAAUGCUUUCGAUGUGCCUCCCCACCAGAUCGUCUAUAUGAUGCUAUUUGAGGGAUUCGCCAUCCAUGGCCUCCAGAAAAAGGCGUGGUCUGCAGAAAGGCUUCGCCUGGUUUGGCAUGCUUAUCUACGGGCUUUGCGUACUUCAAAGGCGAGAUUGGAUGCACAACAGAGGCACAGAAGUCCGCGAAAAAUGGAAUGGGAGAAUCCCUUGGCCAAUGCUCUGCAUUUGGAAGAUGAGCUGGAUCAAACAGUGACCGAAACAUCUGAUGAAUUCUAUAUGCAUCUCCCAUCGGCGAGCAAUGGUACCCAGCCGGACUCCAGGCCCCAGUCCGGAAAAUCCGAUGAACAUUUCGAGCAUCACAUGGAUGAUGAUUAUGAUGAUGUCGUUAACGUGGCUCCCGAAGGCUCCUGGAAGCCGCAGGCUGACGCCGACACGGUCAAAGCAGACCAUGAAGUUGCUGGAGGUAAAAUGUCUGUGUCUGCAUUAGGCCAGCUCAACCCAAUUAGCAUUGGCAUGCACCAGCCGGACGAUUUGGACAAGUACCUGGAGAACGGGGUUUUUGUUGGCCGCAAGAUGAUCGUUAUCAUUCUGCGUGCGUUCGGCGCUUGUUAUGGGCCCAAGGAGGUCAUGGAGGCUUGGCUGCAACUGGAACGACUUUGGCACCCCCAUCAUCGCAAGGCGGCUGACGUGCUUGCUGUCAAGGAGGAGCUCGACAAGCAGUUGUCGAGGGGUCCUCGCCCAAAACUGUAA